AAAAAAAAAAGAGAGAGAUAGGACUCAUAGGAGAUUGGUUCGAACUCGGAGUAAAGAAGUUUCAACAGUCAAAACCCUAGUCUUCUACCACUACCAAAAACCCAUCAUCGAUUCAUCUUCUCUGAUGGCUUCUCGUGGAAAUCGCAAACGGAAACGUGGCUCUGUCGAAGAACGUAUUGACCUUAUCCAUGUCACGCUCAGAGUUGCUAAUAUUGGCAACAGGACUGCAUACAUGAGGGACUUGAAAGAAUACUUGGAAGCGAUGGAUGAUCUCCAAACACUACUAGAUUCUGGUUUAGACUACGGUAUGCUUGCGGCUGGAUCUAUAAUAGAAGAUAUACUAAUGCAUCUUAAAGGGCCAUCUGUUAUGAUGCGUAGGCUUUGCUGCAAAACCCUUGCGCAGAUCGACUGGGGCCCAAAGGAGGAGGAGGAGCAACAUAAACGAUGUAUUUGUGGUUCCGGCGUGAUUAAGGACCUCAUGAACAUUCUGGAAAUGUGUCAACGUCAGGAAUCCUCCUCAGCAGUUCUUGAUACCAAAACAAUUUGCGUGGUGAUGAACGCAAUUGCUUGUCUAAUUGAUUGCCCUGGGGGCAUUAAAAUAGAUGAUCGAAUUCCUUUGGUUCACUGGUUUUUUGCAAAAUCAAAUUUUGAAGUGAAAACAUCUUCACUCCAUGCUCUAAGAUAUCUCUGCUUUCAUAAUGAAGAAAAUGCUAUGGAGAUUAGUAGGGUUGCACCAAAGAUUAUGCUGUCUUUAGCAGACAUGUUGGUGUGCAAAGAUGAAAAAAUUUGUCAUUCUGUUCUUCAGUUGAUUUUCAGUUUAGCGGUUUCUGCUCCUGCUUUAGUAGAUCACAUGGAUUUCCCAACUGAUAUGGUCCUUACAUCCGUUCUUAAGAUAAUCAGAAAGGAGAACGAAAACUUGGUUGUUUUGGGACUGUGUAUCCUUUGUACGAUUGUCAUUCGGAAGGGCAAAUACAAGGUUGCACUUGCUCAACUUGGUGUAAUACCAAUUUUGAUGCAAACGGUUCAAUCGGAUAACGAACAAAUCAAACUAUAUACUGUCGGGUUAUUGCAUGAGUUAGGCAAGGAUUUUCAUAACCAAGUGGCCAUGGUUGAUGAGGACUGUUUACCAAAAAUUUUCGAUCUGUUCAACAUUCAACAUCAGGGUAUGCGGAAAGCAGUUCGUGGGCUUCUCUUCAAUUUUGUCAACAAUAAGGUUGUAAUAUCCCAGUUCAUCACUGGAGGCUGGUUUGAAACAAUUUUGGAACUGAAAGGAGGCACUUUUGGUUAUUAUGAUGAUGAUCCUAGUGAGGCUGCAAAAAUUAUCAAAAAGCUGGCGAAGAAUCACCAUCAUGUGCGUGGAGAAUUAUUAAAUUUAAUGAGAGAGUCAAGUCAGCUGGAGAAAGUGAGAAUUGCGGUGGCACUUGCCCACUUUAGCAAAGUACCAAAGCAUUUCAAACUAAUAUUUCGUGAUAAUGGAGGUCUAGACUUUCUUGUUUACAGCCUUCUUGAUGCUUCGAACAAAGAACAUGUGGCUGUAGCUUUAUGCAAAUUAACAAAUAAAUUUUUGCUUGUUGAAAAAAAAACAAAUAAAGUUUUGCAAGAUGUUCCUAUUGAGCCAAAUUUGCAAGUGGAUAAUGUGAAGAAAUGUUAUGAGCAUUCCAGAGCGAAGUCUGACAGAAGACUUUCUGCGGAAUGCAUUAUUUUUACGAUAAGGAACUUUCAAGAGGUUCUUCUCAGGGAUGGUCUGUUUGCUGAUGAGAUGGUUGGAGAGAUCCGAUCUUACUUGCGGAACUUGCUGAAGCGCAUCUAAGUAUCUAAAUGGAUGAGAAUAUGAAACAUUAACUUGGUGUACGAUUGGAUUCACACUGAGUUUAAGAUAAUUGGAGAGAUCCGAUCUUACUUGCGGAACUUGCUGAAGCGCAUCUAAGUAUCUAAAUGGAUGAGAAUAUGAAACAUUAACUUGGUGUACGAUUGGAUUCACACUGAGUUUAAGAUAAUCACGAGUCAUUCAAUAUGUUGACUUUUUGACUCAAUUAUAUUUUUAACCCUCUACUAUGACUGAUGUGAAUUUCACUCUCCAUCACUUUUUUAUUUUUUAUUUAUUUAGAGUUUUUAGAUUCUUGUAGCUAAUCUAUUGGAGGUCCUUUGACUCAAGAAAAAUGAGUAGAGUUAAUUGACCAAAAGAAAGAAAAAACUUUAGGUGCAAUUAUUGUAUGUGGUCUGAAUUAGGCCUCACCAAAAAUAUAAUUAGUUCUAAUUUCUUUAA